UCAGAAUAGCGGCGCAUCAUCAUCGUCACUGCCGCACCUGCGCGGCUUGUGGAAACCACAGAGGAGAGAAGAGGCGUUAAGACACACUGGAUUGAUCUUACGAGGAAAUCUGGAAACGGUCCAUAAAGAGGCUCAUCAAAAACGCAAUCCUCCUUUUAUUGCUGCUAUUCCAGGCUAAAUACCGGCUCAGAGUCUGCGGUCGGCCGGUAAACAGUAGGCGACCCAGAGCGCUUCUACCAGCUGGACAAACAAUAACAAGCCCUUUGCUGUCACAUCAUGAACCCUGAAUAUGACUACUUAUUCAAGCUUCUUCUGAUUGGAGAUUCUGGAGUGGGAAAAUCCUGCAUUUUGUUGCGAUUUGCUGACGACACCUACACGGAGAGUUUCAUCAGCACAAUUGGAGUGGAUUUUAAGAUCCGAACCAUUGAGUUGGAUGGAAAAACCAUUAAACUGCAAAUAUGGGACACGGCUGGACAGGAGAGAUUCCGCACUAUUACAUCCAGCUACUACAGGGGCGCUCAUGGGAUCAUCGUUGUAUAUGAUGUUACAGAUCAGGAAUCCUACAACAAUGUGAAACAGUGGCUAAAGGAAAUCGAUCGCUAUGCGAGUGAAAAUGUCAACAAACUGCUUGUUGGAAAUAAGUGUGACCUGACUACAAAAAAGGUUGUGGACUACACUACCGCUAAGGAAUUUGCUGACUCUCUUGGCAUCCCUUUCCUUGAGACGAGUGCCAAAAAUGCCACAAACGUGGAGCAGGCCUUCAUGACCAUGGCAGAGGAGAUAAAGAAGCGCAUGAGACCAGGAGCUUCAGGGGGCUCUGAGAAACCUGACCUUAAAAUCGAAAGCACCCCGGUGCAACAGUCAGGCGGCGGCUGCUGUUAGAAAACUCUUGUUUUCUCAGGGAGAGUGUGAGGAGCAGGACGGGACACCGGGGAAGAUUGUGUAGAGGUGGCCAAUCUGGAUAUCAAUGAAAGACUUUCUCCUAUGUGGUGCUCAAUAAAGUCAGAAUACAUUACGGUUGUUUAACAUUGAUGGCUCUUCCUCCUGCAUCUUUAUUUUUUUGUCUUGUAUUUGAAAGUAAGAUUAAAGCACAGGCACACACUCGUUCAGGUACUUGCCUGAAUAAUGAAGGUGAUAAUGUCCAGACCACUGUGUUAAUAGCCGCUAACAUUCAUCCUUCUGUAUCAAUAUUCAUGAUUUAUGAACUGGGAUGCGCGACUUGCUGAAGUGGUGCCUUUUCUUGUUCAGGCUUUAAUGAAGAUCAAGUGGUCAGCAUGUGAAGCAGUGACUCUCCAGCGUCUUCGUGUAGGGUUUGUCUGUGGUUCUGUGAUAUUAAACAACAUUGUUUAGUGUGUGUUUGUUAGCUUUUCUUUAUUAUAUUUUAUGUGUGUGUGUGUGUUACCAGGGCUGUAUUUAUUGUUUUGCAUUAAGGUUUCUUACAGGUAUGGUUUAGCUAAAGUAUAAUUGAUAACUGUGCUUCCACCUGCUAAUAAUGUGUAUUUAGUGAUCUGAUCACAAGGGGUAAGUUGAGAUCUUACUGUUCCCACCUGGUAUUAACGUACGUAAAAGACAUUUCUUUUGACUUGUGUUUUGCAGAGACCCUUUUAAUUCACCAUACUCUUUUGCUGGAGCGCUCAGUGUGUGUCACUAUUGAAUAAAACAGACAGUCGUGGAAAAUUAUCUCUUCAGUUUUAAAAGAAAUUGUUUAGGAAUUUAGAUGCCAAAUACUUUGCUGCAUCGAUCAAGGAGACAUCAGCUUGAGUCCGCCGUCUGCUCUCAAACCACAGUACUUUUACAGCAGUUCACAUCAGCAGAUUCUCCACAUUUAUUUCCUAACCUUUCUUAGUAAUUUAUGGAAAGUCUUUAUCAUAUGCAUUUAGCAAAUAGAUUAUUAGUCAAGUGAAAACACUUAGAUUUUUCUUGCUUGAUAAUAAUGUGUCAUUGUUCUUUUAGAUGUUUUUACUCUCUGGGUAACAGAAAUAGCAUCGCUUGGUGUAGUGUAUGUAAUUAAAUGCAUAUGACUAAGCAU